CGCGGUUGCUACAAGUGACAUUAGCUGUGUGUUCUAACGUUGGAAAAGCUACUGUGAAGUGGUGCACCCAGUCAGGAUGAAGCUGUGAAGGUUUUUGUAAUUAUAGGCAUAGAAGUUGAAAGAAGAGUAUCAAUUUCCCGCCAGUGAGACAUCUUCACCCCGAGGUGCAAGACUUAUCUUUAUUUGGCCCAUUUGGCCUGCAGUUAGCAGGCUAUCGACCCCAUAUCUGUUGAUGUGCCACUCACAGACUGACUACCAACAACCGAUCUAAACCUUUGAACAGAUGAACACGCUGACGGAGUUUGUUCUGAGAACGAUUGGUCUGUUUUUUAUCCUACCGGCAGUUGUUUAACGUCCGACCUUCCAAAGACUCCUCAAACCACCCGUACUCAGUGCUUUUGACGGGGGAGUUAAAUUUACCCAUGGGACGGUUGAAAGAACCCAACAAUAAUAUAAGAGACAUGAGCCUACAGAGAUCUCCGCCGACGAACGGGAAACAUGGCGAAGUUAAGCUCGUGGUGCUGGGAAGGACAGCUGUCGGCAAAUCUGCCACGGUUGUCAGGUUUCUCACGAGGAGAUUUAUUUGGGAAUACGACCCUACACUCGAAUUUACAUACAGACACCAGGUGACUAUUGACGAAGAGCCCAUCACCAUGGAAAUACUAGAUACCGCUGGACAGGAGAAUAACAUUCACAGAGAAGGUCACGUGAGAUGGGGAGAUGGUUUUCUUGUCGUAUACAGUGUGAAUGACCGACAGAGCUUCGUCGAUGUUGGACAUAUAAAGGAUUAUCUCGACGAAAUUAAAAAGCACAGGAACGUUUCCAUGGUAAUUGUCGCAAACAAAUCGGACUUGGAGCACGAACGAGUUGUGAGCACGGAGGAAGGGGAGAAACUUGCUACGGAUCUUGCAUGUGCGUUCUUUGAAACCUCAGCAUGUGACGGCGAUGAACAGAUACGAGAAGCCUUCCACGAACUGUAUCGGGAGGUUCGAAGGAGAAAAGCCCUGGAAGGAAAACAGCGACGACGAAGCUCAUCUCAGCAGGUUAAACAAGUGAUUAACAAGAUGCUGAACAAAAUAAACAGCAAUCACAGGACAUAACGAAAAACUUAGUUAUAU